CAAGAAGCAUGCUUCCGGCAGCCCUCCCUUGAGGAAAAAACCGAAUUUCCAGAUCUGUUCUGCUCUGCGUCUUCCUCCCUUGCUGUCCGCGAAUUUCUGCUGGGUGUGCAUCCUUCGGCUUUUUCUGUUCCCGUGAGUCCCCUGCAGAAUUGUCGCCGGCCUCUCCCCCCUGCCAGGUCCGGUUCUGCAACUGGAAAAUUCUGGUUUGUGAUUGUUCUAUCACCCGAGCACUUGGCUUGAGUUUCCAAUUUUAUGCAAGUGAGCAUGCCUGCUUGGAGUUUAUUUAACUGCCCUGAUGAUCUGGAAAUUAUCUGUAAAGUAUGAUUUUCUGUUAACUUCUGCCUGUUUUGUCUCCGAUAUGGUCAUGUUAUUCGUGUGGCCGCUAGUGGGAGGUUUACAAACGCUAGCACCUGUCGACAUGUUACUGAUAGAAUCGAGGAGACGUCUAUUUCAUUCUCGUACUGUAUCCGUUUUUCUGAUUAUACUUGUUGGCAUGCUUUCUGAGCCUUGUGCAUUUGUGGGAUCCUCUCACGAGUGCACGACGUCUGCCACGUCCCCGAAUUUGAGUUCUGGGGCAUGACAGUUUCUCUUGUAAAUGUAUCAAAUGCUAAGAGUUAUCAUCAAUGAAAAAGAUACAAUUUGUAAGAGAUUUCUUUGGGAUAUAGUGAGAAUAAAAAGAAAGUGUCAUG